AUGCGUUUGUCCACCUUCCUGUCCGGCGGUCUGUUCGCCAUCUGCGCCCUUGCCGAGACCUCGGGCUACUGCUGCACCAGCAACGACAAGCAGCAAGUCGUCCCGCACAACGACCAGACGCAGGACUGCUGUCGGGGACGUUUCGACGGCACGGAAUACUGGAUUCCCGACAACGGACUCGACGCGCUUGCGAGCUGUUGCAAGGGCAAGGGAAGCGCCAUGUGCGCCUUCUGA